AAAUUAAAAAAAAGCACAAGCUCUGUCAACUUGUAGCAACCUUUGCAAACAGUGAACGCGUAUUUAUAAUCUCAUUGCCGCGCGAAAGCACACCACGAAUCCUUGGCCCAUAUACCGGGGCUCACGUAUGUAUGUACGACAUACUACCAACAUCAUUGGCAUAUGAAAUGCCAAUUCUUUUAACAGUCGCGUAUAAAAUCCAGAGUAACUACCAGGACAUAAAAAUUGUGAAUUUAGGGCAUUAACUAAAUCGGAAAUGAUUCGUAACCACAAUUGCCACUCGUUCAUCUACCGCGCUGCGUCGUCCUCUUUCCCCUGCCCCGCGAACAACCUCCAACAACUUCCGCCUCCAAUACUUGACCAUGCUUCUUUGGACCAUGCUGAGGUUAACCAAUCAACUAGCAGGGGAUGCCCCCAUAAAACGUGGGUUAAGUUCAACUAUCGAGUUCCGCGAGUGUUUUCUCGUAACCCGUGGAAGGAGGGUCAUUUCCUGUUUACUUUACAUCCGCCGCCGUUAACACGUUUUGUUUCCAUCGCUCGUAUGUUAACGAGCUCUUUUCUAUUGAACAACGUCGACGGAGAUAGUAUCAGCACUUCAAGAAGGAAAACUACCAAACCAAAUAUGGGCGUAUUCAGAUUCUCCGACUACGAUUGUGUCGGUUUCGACUUGGACAACACUCUACUACGGUACAAUGUCGCGAAUAUGGUCACCCUUGAGUAUGAGGUGCUCUCCAAAUUUCUCGUCGACAAAUACGGCUAUGAUGACAAGUACCUCUGUGCUGAACUCAGAGAGCGUGACUUUGACUUCAUGCAAAAAGGACUUAUUCUUGAUUUUGCACGGGGCAACAUUGUCAGAAUUUCACCGAAUGGAUUGGUUCUCCGCGCCGCUCAUGGUACCAAGCUACUUUCGGAGGAAGAACUCGAAGAGGCCUAUCCUAGCAGACAGUGGGAUGUUGCCGAUACCUUUGCAUCCGAUCUGCUUGUAACAUGGAACGGACCUUUGUCAGAACAAAUGCGAACACUCCUUGACUACUUUGACAUGCCAGCUUCGCUAAUAUUUGCAAGGAUCAUCGAUACCAUUGAUGAAAAAGAAGGUGGACCCAGCAAAGAGAGCUACUCUAUCUGGCCCGAUAUUCUUAGUGGUUUAAUGGACAUGUUUAAUAGAGAAAACUUUCAAAAAGUUGACACGCAUUAUUUUGCUUCUCUUCGGAAAAGUCCUGAGAAAUAUCUACGUAAGUCUAGUCCAAAAUUGAUCCAGUGGCUGAAGGAGUUGAAGAAGAAUAAGAUUACGUACCUUAUCACAGGGUCUAAUUGUGAUUUUGCUGACUUUACUGCCACAUAUGCACUAGGCAAGAACUGGAAAUCUUAUUUUGACGUUGUCAUUUGCUAUGCCAAAAAACCUGGAUUUUUUACUGGCUCUCGUCCAUUCCUAAAACUUGAUGGGUACAAGGAAACCGACAUUGUCACAGGUGAACAAUUGCAAAGGAAUCAAGUCUACAGUCAGGGUAAUUGGACGGAGCUCAAUCAAUUGUUUGUUCGAGAAACAGGGAAAAGUUCACCAUCCUGCUUGUAUGUUGGUGAUAAUUUAAUACAAGAUAUAUAUACACCUAAACGACAUGCAAAUUGCGAUACGGUUGCUGUGGUCGAAGAACAACUUGCUGAAGGAAUGACUGACUUUAGUUUAUCUCACAGCGACGAGAAGAUACUCACCUCAAAGAUAUGGGGUUCCUAUUUUCAGAUAGAAUCCAAAGACAAAGUUGCAGCUUCUUUGUGGGGACAUAUUAUAUACAAUUACUCAAAAAUUUGCGUGCCCUCAAUAGAAUUUAUUGCUGAGAACUCUCUAGACACGCCGCUGAAGAGCUUUGUGGCAAAUGACCAGGAGAAAACGCACAAUGGAUAUUAUCCAGGAAAACCAAAGAGUGUCUGCAAAGCUUGAUAAAUGGAAUAGAAAUGAUGAGAGUGAUAAAUGUUCGGAUAUUCAUUCGUUUUACCAUUUAUUCCUAUAUUAUAUUCACUUUGUUAUCAAUCGUCAUUAACGAUAUUCCGUACAAAGGACAAUUCCAAACAUAUAUCCUAUAGUGGCUAUAAUCUUAUUAGGCAAAGAAGUUGAAGGAGAUACUGGUAGUCAAUGCAUAACUUCAUGUCCUUCUGACAAUGUGAUCCAAGGGUCAAUGCAUCUUAAUCCAACAACUGUACAUAAACUAUUUCAUAAGACAGUUGUAUCACCCAACUUAUUUUUACGAUAAUAAAAUUAUUUUUAUCUAUA